UUUAAGUUGCUUAAACCGCCAGAAAACAUCACAGAGAAGAAGCGGUGACAGUUGUGCUGAAUGCGGCACUUGAACUUCUAGCAACAUCAGUUCAGUGAUGAGCUUUCAGUCGAAUACCAUCCUCUUCUGUGCUGUGCAGCUUUCCUUUUUGUCUCCCAUCUUCACUUACCUCGGUCCUCUGUAUGAAAAUGAACCACGCAGAAGCAGCACACCCAAGUGUCAACUCGUCUUACCUUCCAAAUUUACACGAUGAACAAAGUGCAACAGAAGAUGAGGGUGAGGACUGUGGUCCUUCUGCAUCUCUCGUACCAAAACUUUCCUCGACACCCCUCGCUGUGCGCUUCAGUCCAGAGGACUCGUAUAAUCUGGUUUACAUCAUCUUUUUUGUGAUGGGCAUCAGCUCCCUGCUGCCCUGGAACUUUUUCAUAACAGCCCGGGACUAUUGGACCUACAAACUUAACAACAACACCGUUCACGGUGAACAAUCAGACCUCAGUGUCAACUUUGAAAGUUAUCUGUCUGUUGCCUCCACAGUACCCUCCCUGCUGUUUCUAAUACUCAACUAUUUCCUUGUAAACAGGUUGUCUCCAAACUUUAGAAUCCUAUCAUCUCUCAUUGUGAUGCUGUUGGUGUUCGUGUUGACCACGGCGCUGGUGAAGGUGGAUGUGUCGGACCGCAGGACAGAGUUCUUUGUCGGCACUCUUGCCAGUCUGGCAGUCCUCAGCGGAGCCUCCAACCUGUUAUGUGGCAGCGUGUUCGGGUUUACCGGAUAUUUUCCCAUGAGGAUCUCUCAGGCCCUGAUAGCAGGCCAGGCCAUGGGGGGUACGUUGAGUGCAGUAGCAUCAGUAGUGAACCUAGCUGUAACUGAGGACAUAACCAACAGCACACUCUACUACUUCCUCACAGCUGAUGUCUGCAUCCUGCUCUGCAUCAUCGCAUAUUUACUUUUGCCCAAGCUGGCUUAUUCAAGUCACUACAUUCAGGCAGCAAAGCGUGUCGGUCCAGGAUCCAUCAGCGAGAGUCGGACUGCACAUGCUGUUCCACCCCUGCAGCCCAUCUUGAAGAAGGCAUGGGUUCUUGGUCUGAGUGUCUUCGGUGUCUUCUUUGUCACCAUCUCAGUGUUUCCAUCUGUAUCGUCGGGGAUCCAGUCUAUGAACAAGGACAGCAACAGUCCGUGGACCACCACAUACUUUAUGCCCAUUACCAGUUUCCUGUUAUAUAAUGUAGCAGACUUCUGCGGCAGGCAGGCGACAGCCUGGGUGCAGGUCCCUGGUCCCACCAGUCCAGUCCUGCCGGUCCUGGUGCUGUGUCGCGUUGUCCUGCUGCCGCUCUUCGUGUUGUGUAACUACCAGCCACGGGACCACCACCACCCUACUGUUGUGUUUAACAGUGAUGUGUACCCCAUAGUUUUUAACUGCCUUCUAGGUCUUUCCAAUGGGUACCUGGGCACGCUGCCCAUGAUCUAUGGGCCAAAGGUGGUACCUCGGGAGGUGGCGGAGGCCACGGGUGUGGUGAUGACGUUCUUUCUCGCCCUGGGAUUGGCUGCUGGGUCUGCGUUUUCUGUGCUGGUUGUGCACAGCAUCUGAAUUUUGAAACAAAAACCUGCGAACAACACUACAGUCAGUUGAAACUGUGCCAACAGGAGUGUUGAAAUGUACAGCGAGUUGUGUUUAAGGGAAAGUGCAAUCAAGCUUCUCAUUUUCACCGGACCAAUAACUAUUUUUGUUGUUUCCAGUCGCCGUUGUUCACCUUAAGUGUUCUAUACACAAACUUUCAGGUCAUAUUGAAGAGAUUAGUUUGUAUGUAACGGGUUGCUUUGGAUAAUCUGUAAAUCAGACAUUUUGUAAAUUGUAAUAAAAAAAAGUAGAUUUAAGUGAAAAGUUGUGUAAACUAAUACUGAAAGUGUGCUGAGCUCAGCAAGUCUCAAUAAACAGGACGUUGGGGAAAGGGGGGAUUGAGUUCA